AUGCUUUGGAGACUCCAAUGCAACCAAUGGCUACCUGUUGCCGAGAAGACUAUUUCUAAUAUCGAGGCUUCGGGCAACGAUAUGUUCGUGUUUGGCAUCAGCGAGGGUGACGUUGGUGUUUUUUACCCGAAGAAUAACAAUGCUUAUCGUAUAAUAGCUCAGGCGGAUCCUUCCAAGGAGUAUACUGGAGUCACCUUUGAUCAACACUCUAAUAUUCUAUAUGUUACCGAAAAGGCUACUGGACAGAUUGCUCGGUUCACAGGUCAGGGAGGCGCGUGGAUUCCCAUGGACCCCUUGAAUGGUUCGGGUGUUAUUAUUGAGCCUACUAUUCUGCGCUUCACACUCGGUAAACUUUAUGUGAUUAUUAUUAGCACUACUGUUGCCUCAACUAGUGGUCCUGUCACUAGCACUACUACUGCCUCAACUAGUGGUCCUGUGACUAGCACUACUACUGUCUCAACUAGUGGUCCUGUGACUAGCACUACUACUGUCUCAACUAGUGAUCCUGCCACUAGCACUACUACUGCCUCAACUAGUGGUCCUGCGACUAGCACUACUACUGCCUCAACUAGUGGUCCUGUCACUAGCACUACUACUGUUGCCUCAACUAGUGGUGCUGUGACUAGCACUACUACUGCCUCAACUAGUGGUCCUGUGACUAGCACUACUACUGUUGCCUCAACUAGUGGUCCUGUGACUAGCACUACUACUGUUGCCUCAACUAGUGGUCCUGUGGACUAG